GGUCUCAUCACUGUUAUGGUUGAGAGAUGGAGACCUGAAACUCACACAUUUCAUCUUCCAAUAGGUGAGUACACAAUAACUUUGGAAGAUGUUUAUUACAUUUUAGGAUUAAACGUUUCCGGUUUACCUGUUAGUGGUUCCAAUUUUGUGCAAGUAAAACAAAUCUGUCAAGAUUACUUAGGAGUUAUCCCACCCGAUGGAGCAACAAAAGGUAAUUCUAUUAAAUUAAAGUGGCUUAAGGAUACAUUUGACGAUGUUGGUGAAAAUGCAUCUGAAUUAGAAAAACAAGCAUCAUGUCGAGCAUACAUCCUACGUAUGAUCGGAGGGUUAUUGAUGCCUGACAAAUCCAACAACCGUGUACAUCUAAAGUAUCUUUCACUAUUAGGAGAUUUAAACAAAGUAUCCCAAUAUAGUUGGGGUUCAGCUGUUUUAGCUACACUUUAUAGAGAAUUAUGCCUUGCAACGAAACCUGGUGUAAUAUCUAUGGGAGGAUGCGCAUUAUUGUUGCAAAACUGGGCAUGGUAUCGUUUGUCUUGUGUCGCUCCUGAAUCUCCCAAACCAUGGAUAUUUCCACUUGCACAGAGGUUUAAUUCUGGUGGUCUAAAUUUUGCUAAAGUUCCUCAUAACGACGUAGAAGGAUAUCGAAAAACAAUUGAUCACAUGAUGGUUGAGGAAUUUUAUUGGAGACCUUAUCUCGGGUUCCAACAUGAAGUUUCAGAAGAAGAUAGGGCCACUUGGAGUGCAUGUACUUAUCUACUCUGUUAUCAUAUUGUUGAAAAACAUCAUACAGAUAGGGUCACACUCCAGUUUGGUUUACAUCAACAAAUACCACAACCACCAGAGGACAUGAAAUCGUAUCACGAGGUCGACAUGAGGCGUGGGAUUGAUGAUAAUUGGACUUGGGUUUGGAGGGAAGAAAUAAACCAUUGGAAUGAGCGCCAUAAUUACGUGUUGCAAGGUAACAUCGUACAAGGUGUUUUAUGUCAUAGCACAGAAUAUAUGAUUUGGUUUAGACAACACACCAAAUUGUUUAUAUCUGUAGAACAAUAUCUUCGUGAUCCCCGUUUACAACCGCCGUCAUAUCCUCGUGUGCAAUCGACCUCCCAAUCAACCCCACAACACCAAUACACAGCAGGACCGUCUUCAUCAUCACCUCACAUACACGUCGCUACUUAAGUUCCAUUUUAUGAUCCACCACCAUCUCAGUAUUAUGUUCCGUCGGUGCCAGAAAUACCAACACCCGGUUAUCCGACAGAAGAUAGGCUUCUCUAUAAUUUGUUUGGAACUCAGUGCACAACUCCUGAGUCGGCAUAUGCUGUAUUUGAUUCAAUGUAUAAUCAACAAUCGCAAAAUGUAAUGGAAGCAGGUGG